ACUUCAACAUAAUGAAAAGUGGUGCCGUCUAUGAUUAUUGACGCGAGAAACGCUGUGGUCGUUCGUUCCUGGAUUUGGCGAAACAGCUCGCCGCUCGGUGCAAAAUGUCAGCCCGUCAUUUUGUUUCGUGAGCAUUGCCUUCGGAGUCAUCGGAUGACCAGCUAGAAUCAUUGUUUGCUUGUUGCAGGAUGGAGACUAGGGCAGGGCUGUGACUGCUUUGCUCAGCUGCCACCACCAUGGAAGGUGCCUCCUUCAAGAGCCUGCAGGAAGAGCUGGCCUUCUACCGAGAGCAGGCUGUCGAAUACAAGGCCAAGUGGUGUGAGGCUCAGCUGGAGCUGGAGGAGUUCCAGGCCAGCAGCCGUGACCUGGAGGCUGAGCUGGAGACCCAGCUGAAGCAGUACGAGGCCUCCAACCGGGAGCUCAGGGCCAUGGUCACACGCCUGCAGGCCGACAAUGAGGGACUACAGGUGCGCCACAUCGGCCUUCGCACCACUGCGGAAGAGCCUCCUUUGUCGCUCCCGCCUCCAUAG